GCAGCCGGGCCCGCGGGCCCGCCUCCCGCUCGGGCCGCCGAGUCAGUGCCGAGUGAGGGGCCGUCGCCCCGCCGCCCCGGGCCGGCCCCCUUCUUCCUCGAACUCGAGCCGCCCGCCUCGCUCCCGCUCCCACCAUGUCUGGCGGCGCCGCCGACCAGCAGAGCAGCGCGCCGGGCUCGCUGUUCCUCUCGCCGCCGGCGCCUGCCCCCAAGAAUGGCUCCAGCUCGGACUCCUCGGUGGGGGAGAAACUGGGCGCCGCGGCGGCCGACGCCGCAGCCGGACGGACGGAGGAGUACCGGCGUCGCCGCCAUACCAUGGACAAGGACAGCCGGGGGGCGGCCGCGACCACCACCACGGAGCACCGCUUCUUCCGCCGCAGCGUCAUCUGCGACUCCAACGCUACGGCGCUGGAGCUGCCCGGCCUCCCUCUGCCGCUGCCCCAGCCCGGCGCGGCUGCAGUGGCCCCGCAGCGGAGCCCCCCGGAGCCCCCGCGUGAGGAGACCUUGACCCCCGCUGCCGCCGCCCAGGUGGCCCAGCAGCCGCCCGCCGCCGCCGCCGCCCCCGAAGAGCCGGUCGCCGCGGGCCCGGCCACCUCUUCGGCCCCGGGUAGCGCGGGCAGAGACCGCCAGGCUGUCCAGCCCGGCCCCGUGGGGAGCCGAGAGGAGCCUCCGUCGUCUAGAAGUGGCAGCGGCGGCGGCAGCGCCAAGGAGCCCCAGGAGGAACGGAGCCAGCAGCAGGAUGACAUCGAGGAGCUGGAGACCAAGGCCGUGGGCAUGUCCAACGACGGCCGCUUUCUCAAGUUUGACAUCGAGAUUGGCAGGGGCUCCUUUAAGACGGUCUACAAGGGUCUGGACACCGAGACCACCGUGGAGGUCGCCUGGUGUGAGCUGCAGGAUCGGAAGUUAACAAAGUCUGAGAGGCAGCGAUUUAAAGAAGAGGCUGAAAUGCUAAAGGGUCUUCAGCAUCCCAAUAUUGUUCGAUUCUAUGACUCCUGGGAAUCCACAGUAAAGGGAAAGAAGUGCAUUGUGUUGGUGACUGAACUGAUGACAUCUGGAACUCUUAAAACGUACCUGAAAAGGUUUAAGGUGAUGAAGAUCAAAGUUUUGAGAAGCUGGUGCCGUCAGAUUCUUAAAGGACUUCAGUUUCUUCAUACUCGAACUCCACCUAUUAUUCACCGGGAUCUUAAGUGUGACAACAUCUUUAUCACUGGCCCCACAGGCUCAGUCAAGAUUGGAGACCUAGGUCUGGCCACCCUGAAGCGGGCUUCUUUUGCCAAGAGUGUGAUAGGUACCCCAGAGUUCAUGGCCCCUGAGAUGUAUGAAGAGAAGUAUGAUGAAUCCGUUGAUGUUUAUGCUUUUGGAAUGUGCAUGCUCGAGAUGGCCACGUCUGAAUACCCGUACUCAGAGUGCCAGAACGCUGCACAGAUCUACCGUCGAGUGACUAGCGGAGUGAAGCCAGCCAGUUUUGACAAAGUAGCAAUUCCAGAAGUGAAGGAAAUUAUUGAAGGAUGCAUACGGCAAAACAAAGAUGAAAGAUACUCUAUCAAAGACCUUUUGAACCAUGCCUUCUUCCAGGAGGAAACAGGGGUACGGGUAGAAUUAGCAGAAGAAGAUGAUGGAGAAAAGAUAGCCAUUAAAUUAUGGCUACGUAUUGAAGAUAUUAAGAAACUAAAGGGGAAAUACAAAGACAAUGAAGCUAUCGAGUUUUCCUUUGACUUGGAGAAAGAUGUGCCAGAAGACGUUGCUCAAGAAAUGGUAGAUUCUGGGUAUGUCUGUGAAGGUGACCACAAGACCAUGGCAAAAGCCAUCAAAGAUAGAGUAUCGUUAAUUAAGAGAAAACGAGAACAGCGUCAAUUAGUGCGGGAGGAGCAAGAAAAAAGGAAGCAGGAGGAGAGCAGCCUCAAGCAGCAGGUGGAGCAGCAGCCCAGCGCCUCCCAGGCCGGAGUCCAGCAGCCCCCUGCCACCAGCACUGGCGGACCCGCUGCCUCUGCUGUGUCUGCAUCCGUCUCCACGCAGGUAGAGCCAGAAGAGCCUGAGGCCGACCAGCACCAGCAGCUGCAGUACCAGCAGCCUGGUGUGUCUGUGAUAUCUGACGGGACAGUUGACAGUGGUCAAGGGUCUUCUGUCUUCACGGAAUCUCGAGUGAGCAGCCAACAGACAGUUUCGUACGGGUCCCAGCAUGAGCAGGCACCUUCCACUGGCGCCCCCCCAGGGCACACAGCAUCUGUUGUCCAAGCACAGGCUCAGCCCCAUGCAGUAUAUCCACCCUCAAGUUUGCCUCAGUCCAUGGCGCAUCCGCGUGGGGGGACCCCAACAUACCCAGAAUCACAGAUAUUUUUCCCAACUAUUCAUGAACGUCCAGUUUCUUUUUCACCACCUCCCACCUGUCCACCGAAGGUGGCCAUUGCCCAGCGGCGUAAGAGCACCUCCUUCUUGGAAGCCCAAACUCACCAGUUCCAACCCCUGCUGAGGACUGUCGGCCAGAGUCUUCUUCCACCUGGUGGCAGCCCACCUAACUGGACUCCAGAGACUGUAGUCAUGUGGAGCCCUGCAGCCAGUGGAGUCGCUGGAGAGCUGUGUGAGGUGCAGGCCCAUCCUGUGUUUGAGCCAGCUCCAGUUUACAGUGACUACAGAGCUGGACUGGUGCUUCCAGAAGAAGCUCACUACUUCCUCCCUCCGGAAGCAGUGUAUCUAGCCGGGGUACAUUACCAGGCCCAGGUGGCAGAACAGUUUGAGGGUAUUCCAUACAGCUCACCAGUCCUGUCAAGUCCUAUGAAGCAGACACCUGAGCAGAAGCCAGUGCACGGGGGCCCCACCUCCAGUUCUGUCUUUGAAUUUCCAUCGGGACAGGCUCUCCUGGUAGGACACCUCCAAAAUGUAAGAUUAGAUUCGGGACUGAGCCCAGGCUCUCCCCUGUCUAGCGUUUCUGCACCUGUCAGUACAGAUGCCACACACUUGAAGUUUCACCCUGUCUUUGUUCCUCAUUCUGCACCUGCUGUGUUAACUCAUAACAACGAAAGCAGAAGCAGUUGUGUGUUUGAGUUUCACAUUCAUACUCCAAGCUCCUCUUCAGGAGAAGGAGAGGGAGGAGUUUUACCUCAGCGCAUUUACCGAAAUCGGCAGGUUGCUGUGGACUCGAACCAGGAAGAACCACCUCCUCAACCUGCAGGAUUACACAGCCGCCUGCAGCCUGUGACUGAAGAGCAGCAGACGCCCCAGGCCCCAGAGUUGACCAUCUCUGUGGUGGAGCCCACCGGACAGACCUGGCCCAUAGGAAGCCCAGAGUACUCCAGUGAUUCCUCCCAGGUCACUUCUUCAGACCCCAGUGAAUUUCAGUCACCUCCCCCUACAGGGGGAGCAGCUGCUCCUUUUGGCUCUGACGUCUCAUUACCCUUUAUCCGCCUGCCUCAGACAGUGUUGCAAGAAUCCCCACUCUUCUUCUGUUUCCCCCAAGGAGCCACCUCUCCGCAGGUUUUAUCCGCCUCAUUUUCUUCAGGAGGAUCUGCACUCCAUCCACAGGCACAGGGGCAGAGCCAGGGUCAGCCAUCUUCAAGUAGUUUAACAGGGGUUCCAUCUUCCCAACCCAUGCAGCUUUCUCAGCAGCAGCAAGGAGUGCAGCCGACAGCCCCCUCUCAGCAGGCGGCGCAGUAUCCGCUCCCUCAGGCAUCGGCCCCCAGCGAGGCCGCGAUUGCUCAGCCCGUGAGUCAGCCUCCACCUCCACAGGCCUUGCCACACGUGUCCGCGGGAAAACAGCUUCCAGUUUCCCAGCCAGUACCAGCUCUCCAAGGCGAACCUCAGAUCCCAGUUGCAACACAGCCCUCAGUCGUUCCCGUCCGUGCUGGGGCUCACUUCCUUCCUGUGGGACAGCCGCUCCCCCCCUCUUUACUGCCCCAGUACCCCACCUCUCAGCUGCCGCCCGUCUCUCAGCUCCCCUCUGCUCCUCCUCACGUGUCCGUGGCUCAGCCAGGCUUCCCACCCCUGCCCGUCACGAUGGCAGCUGGCGUUAGUCAGCCUCUGCUCACCUUGGCCUCAUCUGCUGUGGCGGCCGCCGUCCCAGGUGCACCCGCUGUGGUCCCUAGUCAGCUUCCUGCCCUCCUGCAGCCUGUGACCCAGCUGCCGAGUCAGGCUCACCCGCAGCUCCUGCAGCCAGCAGUUCAGUCCAUGGGGAUCCCCGCCAGCCUUGGACAGACUGCCGAGGUGCCACUUCCCCCUGGAGAUAUUCUCUACCAGGGCUUCCCACCUCGACUGCCAUCACAGUACCCAGGAGACUCAAACAUUGCUCCCUCCUCCAGCGCAGCUUCUGUGUGCCUGCCUUCUGCAGUCCUGUCCCCUCCCAUGCCAACAGAGGCGCUGGCUGCCCCUGGUUACUUUCCUGCAAUGGUGCAGUCCUAUGUGGAGUCCAGUCUCUUGGUUCCUGUGGGCAGUGUAGGAGGACAGGUCCAGGUGUCCCAGCCGGCAGUGAGCUUAGCACAAGCCCCCACCACAUCCUCCCAGCAAGCAGCUCUGGAGCAGAAUGAAAUGCCAGUGUGGGGGCCUUGUUGCCACUGGCUGUUCUGUUGGGAAAGCACUCAGGUCGUCUCUCAGGUGGCUCCUUCAGAGCCAGCUCCCGGGGCUCAGCCACAGCCUGCCCAGCCAGCCACGGUGGUCUCUUCUAUAGACAGCGCACACUCAGAUGUGGCUUCAGGCAUGAGUGAUGGCAACGAGAACGUCCCCUCGUCCAGCGGGAGGCACGAGGGCAGGACGACGAAGCGGCUGCAUCGGAAGUCUAUAAGGAGCCGCUCUCGUCACGAGAAGCCUUCCCGCCCCAAACUGAGAAUUCUCAAUGUUUCAAAUAAAGGAGAUCGGGUGGUAGAAUGUCAGUUAGAGACUCACAAUCGGAAGAUGGUUACAUUCAAAUUCGAUUUAGAUGGUGACAACCCUGAGGAGAUAGCGACAAUUAUGGUGAACAAUGACUUUAUUCUGGCACUGGAGAGAGAUGCGUUUGUGGAGCAGGUGCGGGAGAUCAUUGAGAAAGCUGACGAGAUGCUCAGUGAGGAUGUCAGCGUGGAGCCAGAGGGUGACCAGAGCUUGGAGAGUCUCCAUGGCAAGGAUGACUAUGGCUUCUCAGGCGCCCAAAAAUUGGAAGGAGAGUUCAAACAACCGAUUCCUGCAUCUUCCAUGCCACAACAGAUAGCAGGCGUUCCUGCCAGUUCUUUAACUCAAGUUGUUCAUUCUGCUGGAAGACGGUUUAUAGUAAGUCCUGUGCCAGAAAGUCGAUUACGAGAAUCAAAACUUUUCACUGAAAUUUCAGAUACGGUUGCUGCUUCCACAUCUGCGGGCCCUGGAAUGAACUUGUCUCACUCUGCCUCGUCCCUUAGUCUGCAGCAGGCCUUUUCUGAACUUAGACACGCUCGGAUGGCAGAAGGGCCGAGCACGGCUCCUCCCCACUUUGGUCAGACAGGCCCCGUGUUUCCAGCAGUGCCUCCCGCACUGAGCAGCGCCCCUGGAGCCCCGGCCGCAGCAGCUGCAGCCUCAAUGUCAGCCCCUGCCCCGAGCCACCCUCUUAGUGACGUGGCCACGUCGGUCAUUCAGGCUGAGGUGACAGUGGCGCCUGGAACAGGUGUCAUGCCUCCCAGUGGUCUCCCUGUACCCCCUGCAUCUGAGUCCCUGGCACCUUCCAGCGUGGCCCCCAGCAUCACCAUCCCUGCGGUUCUCUCGGCACUGCCGGUGCCCCAGGCAGCGCAGGCUCCCACCCCCGGCGGCGGGGCCUCCAGUGCAGGCACUUUCCCCUCUGCACCUGCAUCCCUGGCACCAGCCUCUGCUGUGGGCAGUGCUGUCGCCUCUGCUGCUCAGCUUCCACCUGUGCCGUCUCAGCCCACAGCAGGCAGCUCGGCCGGGGUGGCCACGCUGACAGCCGUGCCCGCUGCCGCUCUGGGCCCCAGCCUCAUGGCACCGCCGUCCCUUGCUCUCAGCAGCAGCACCUCCGCCCCGGCUCUGGCGGAAACAGUGCUGGUCAGUGCCCACGCCCUGGAUAAGACGGCUCACAGCAGCACCACUGGACUGGCUCUGCCCCUUCCUGCCACCUCGUCCUCUCCCGCCCCUGGAGCAGGAGUGUCCAGUGCUGUUUCUCAGCCUGCUGCUGCGGCUCACCCUUUGGUUCUCCCCUCAGUCAUAGCCUCUACUCCCGUACUCUCCCAGGCAGGACCCGUGUCAACACCCCUGCUGCCCCAGGUACCCGGCAUCCCACCCCUGGUACAGCCUGCUGUCAGCGUGCCUGCCGUGCAGCAGACCCUGGUUCAUAGUCAGCCUCAGCCCGCUCCACUCCCCAACCAGCCCCACACUCACUGUCCUGAGAUAGACACCGACACUCAACCCAAAGCUCCCGGGAUCGACGAUAUCAAGACUUUGGAGGAAAAGCUGCGAUCUCUCUUCAGUGAGCAUGGCUCAUCUGGAGCCCAACAUGCCCCCGUCUCGCUGGAGACCUCGCUCGCUGUGGAGACCGCGGUCACAGCAGGCCUCCCGACCGCUGCUGUUGCACCAAGCAAGCCUCUGACUUCCUCUGCCAGUACUUGCUUGCCGCCGGCCAGUCUGCCCUUAGGAGCAGCUGGCUUACCAGUUAUACCAACGGUCACUCCUGGGCAAGUUUCCACCCCAGUCAGCUCUGCGCCAGGAGUGAAACUGGAAACUCCUCCAGCAAAGCCACCUUUAACUAAGCCUCCAGUGCUGCCCGUGGGCACUGAACUUCCAGCUGGUACUCCGCCCAGCGAGCAGCUGCCACCUUUUCCGGGACCUUCACUAACUCAGCCCCCGCAGCCCCUGGGAGACCUGGACGCUCAGCUGAGAAGAACCCUCAGUCCCGAGACUGGUGUGCUGACAUCUGCCGUUGGUCCCGUGUCUGUGGUGGCUCCAGCAGCAGUUGUGGAGACAGGAGCCCAGCUUCCGAAGGAUGUUGUUUCAGUCUCUCAAGUGACAGAAGCUCCUGUCCUUGCACCCACUUCCACAGCUGGUGUUCUGAAGAUGGGGCGAUUUCAGGUUUCCGUUGCAAUGGAUGAUCCCCAGAAGGAGGGUAAAAGUAAGUCAGAGGACGUCAAGUCUGUCCACUUCGAAUCUAGCACGUCAGAGUCCUCAGUUCUGUCAAGCAGCAGCCCCGAGAGCACCGUGGUGAAGGCAGAGCCCAAUGGGCUGGCCAUCCAGGGCACCUCUGCAGAUGUGCUGGACAGCGCCCGCCCGCCACCCACCUCAGAAGCCGGGCAGCCUAGCAGGGUUGGCCGCUUCCAGGUGACCACCACAGCGAGCAGAGUGGGCCGCUUCUCUGUGUCCAGAACCGAAGACAAGAUGGCUGAGGUGAAGGGAGAGGAGCCAGUGGCCUCUCCUCCUCUCGUGGACUCGGAACACGACCUUCCUCCCACCGUGACGCCAAAGAAAGAGAAACCCGAACUGUCGGAGCCUUCGCAUCUGAACGGGCCGUCUUCCGACCUGGAGGCUGCCUUCCUCAGCCGGGAUGCGGAUGCCGGCUCAGGGAGCCCACACUCCCCUCCACAGCUGAGCUCCAAGAGCCUUCCUGCCCAGAGCCUCAGUCAGAGCCUCAGCAACUCCUUCAACUCCUCCUACAUGAGCAGCGACAAUGAGUCAGACAUUGAAGACGAGGACUUAAAGUUAGAGCUUCGCCGACUACGGGAAAAACAUCUUAAAGAGAUUCAGGACCUGCAGAGUCGCCAGAAGCAUGAAAUUGAGUCUUUAUACACCAGACUGGGCAAGGUUCCUCCCGCUGUCAUCGUUCCCCCGGCAGCCCCCCUUGCAGGGAGAAGGAGGCGACCUACCAAAAGCAAAGGGAGCAAGUCCAGUCGCAGCAGCUCUUUGGGGAAUAAAAGCCCUGGACCAGGUACCCUGUCUGGUCAGAGCGCAGCUUCAGUCUUGCAUCCUCAGCAGACCCUCCCUGCUCCUGGCAGCGUCCCGGAGACAGGGCCCAACCAGCUGUUACAGCCCGUGAAGCCAUCUCCUUCCAGUGACAACCUGUAUUCGGCCUUCACCAGUGAUGGUGCCAUUUCAGUACCAAGCCUUUCUGCUCCAGGUCAAGGCUGUGCCAAGUUUAACUGUGCGUCCGAGCAGGUGACGUUCAAAGCUGGCGGCAGGAGGACGCGAUUUCUGAGUACGCCCUGCUUGGCUCUUUGGAAGAUGGUGAAAAAAGUCUGCCCUUGCAACCAGCUCUGUAGGACCAGCAGCACCAACGCCGUCGGGGGAGCUGUGAGCAGCCAGGCCGCCCCGGCUCCGCCUCCUGCCGUGACGUCCAGCAGGAAGGGCACGUUCACGGAUGACCUGCACAAGCUGGUGGACAACUGGGCCCGGGACGCCAUGAGUCUCUCAGGCAGGCGGGGAAGCAAAGGACACGUGAGCUAUGAGGGCCCUGGCAUGGCAAGGAAGUUCUCCGCGCCCGGUCAGCUGUGCGUCUCCAUGACCUCAAACCUGGGCGGCUCUGCCCCCGGCUCUGCAGCGUCAGCUACCUCUCUAGGACACUUCCCCAAGUCCAUGUGCCCCCCUCAGCAGUACGGUUUCCCUGCCCCCCCAUUUGGCACGCAGUGGAGUGGGACGGGUGGCCCGGCACCCCAGCCGCUUAGCCAGUUCCAGCCUGUGGGAACAGCCUCCUUACAGAAUUUCAACAUCAGCAACUUGCAGAAAUCCAUCAGCAACCCCCCAGGUUCCAACCUGCGGACCACGUAGACCUGAGGCGAUCCUGGGGCAGGUUUGGGGGCAGGAGAUGGAAUGUGGGGGGUGGGGGGGAAUAGCCUGUAUGCUAACUACUAGUGCUGCAUUUAACUGGUCAUUUCUUGCCAGAAAGGAAUGUUUUAAUCCCGCUUAGAGCCCUUGGAGUGGACUCUACCCUGCCCUCACCGCCGCCUGGAGUGGGAGGAGGAGAGAGGGCAGCUGUCUUGUGUGCUUUGUCGUCGCCCAGACCCAGCAGUGAGCGCUUGGGAAGUCGGGUUGGUCAGAAGGCUCCUAGAGAGCUCUGGAAAAGCAGAGCCAUCUGCAUUUUCAUGUGGUGGGGCUCUUCAUUUUGGGAGCCACCCCAACCCCUUACUUACUCCCUCAAGAAUAUAAACCACAAGACAAAAAAUUUAAACUAUCGGGCUCUCUCCUACCCUGUUGCCCCCACUGUUUUUUUUUCUCCUGUCUCCCCCUACCCCCCACCUCAAUCCAACCAAACUUUAGAACCCAGUGAAGACACCAGGGGAGGGAUGGAGGUUUCAGCCCUUUCUUACAAUAGGUCAUUAGUGCUUUAAGCAAAUGAUACUCGCAGCUUUGACUGCAGCAUUAGCAAUUAGGAAAAAAAUUAAGUUCCCUGCGGACAUGUAACUUUGCCAUCAGUUUUGAUGUGGAAACACUGUGAUGUAUAAAUGUUGUUGGACAACAGUAGUUUAAGAGUAAAAUAUGAAAGGCUUAAAAAGGCUAGCUCUGUCCUUACUUACUGAGGUUUCACUUUUCCCCUUUGUAUCUCCAUUGUACUAGAUAAAUAAAUGUGAAUGUACACUUGUAAAGUCACUCGACUUGAAUCCUUCCGUCCUCCCAGUGCCGCUUGCUGGACGCUUAGUGCCUUGGACUUCUGUCGCUUCUGCCGUUGCAUCAGCUUCUCGUCAGACCGUGGUCCGCGAGGGCGUGUGGAAGGACAGCGUGGGUCCGUGUGACCCAGCAGUGGACUAUGUUGUAAGGAAACUGGAAGGGUAUUUUUUUUCAAGUCAUUUAACAAUUUUGUAAGAUGAGCAGGAUGAGAAGUUAAGUUGACAUCAGUGGUUAAAGUAGAAAACUGUUUCAGGACAAGUGAGGAGGGAUGCUGUCACCAGAUCGGGCAGUUAACAGACUGAGUGUGGUGUGCGAUAGGUGCUGAGAGGCUGGAGGCUGGAGAACAGACAUGUUCUGAAGACUUGGUGCUUGGCCAGCGGCUGCCCUAAGCCUUACUUAACCUGCGCUGGGCUUGAACACAGAAGAUUGAGAAGAAAUGGCUGAAGAGAAAGGAAGGGGGUGGGGGCUAGUUUUUAAGUUGGGAGGUGUGAUAGUGAAACGUCUCACAUGGAGAAAGUCGCUCUAAGAAAAACUGUUUGCUUGCUUUCCUCUUGGUGCAAACGUGCCGUGUAUUCUCACUGAGGGGUCCUGCAGUUUGUGGGAGGUGGUCCCACAUCUGAAAUAAGCACUGCAGGAAUGGCUGCUUGUUCCUCCUCACUUCUGUGUGAUGUCCAGAGGGCUGCAGGGUCAUAAUCUCCUGGCUACCUGUGUUUCUAGAAUGACAACGGAUACUCUAUUCAUAUAAAGAGAGACUCCCCUCAAGUAAUAACUGCAACCAGCCAGUAUUAUUUAGUGCUAUGUCUAGUUGUGAUGGGCAGUUCUAUUUUCAGAAACUUCAGGAAAUACUCUCCCAAUUGCCUGUUUUGGGGAUCUCUGUUCUCCCAGCAGAUGGGGCAAGAAGCCAGGACUCUUAAUCUUGGGGUGCUGCUUCUCUUGACUCUCAGCCACCUCAGUGGCCCACCCCAGGAAGAGCCUGGCUGUCCCGUCCUUCAUUGGCCAUUUUCUUUAUUAAGUUAGCAAGGCCCCAAAGAUACAAACGAAAGCUGAGGUUUUAGGAAGGUAAGAGAUGAGAAGGGCAGGUGCUCCAAGCUUUGCUUUGAAACUUUACUUUUUCUCUGCCUAUAAUCCUCGGGAAAUGGUAAGAGUAAGGACAGAACAAGAAGUGCCGAGGAAGUGGGAAACGGACACCCGGACAGAGGAGACAGGACUUUGUACCAAAGGAGGGAGCCAAAUGCAGCACGACUGUCUUGUCACUUUGGUUUAAUGAUUUUGAGGUCUCUUCACGCACAUGGAGAGUAAGAACUGGUUUUACUUACUGUUGAUUUUUUUUCCCCUCCUGUGGAUGAAAUAACAAGCCUAGAGGAAUGAACCAGUGCUACUGAACUGUUUAAAUUAUUUUCGUGUUAAUAGUACACUUUGAGUAUCUUUUUCCACAUUAAAAAAAUCUUUCUGAAUUAUAAAUGUUUUCCUUACAUUAUUUAACAAUGUACACUGUUUAAACAAAAAAUAAACUGAAUUCAAACCUUA